GAGGUCAACAAGAACGGAUGGACGCCGCUGCACCAGGCGGCGUUCAGCGGCCAGCUGGCCAUGCUGAACACGCUGCUGGAGAAGGGUCUCGACGUGAACGCGGUGUGCAAGGACGGGGACACGCCGGUGCACUACGCCGCGUGCCAAGGGGAGAGGGAAUGCGUCGAGGCGCUCGCGGCGGCGGGCGCGGAUCUCACGAUUAAGGACCACGACGGCGAGACUCCUUACAAGGUGGCG